AUUCUCACAACAUCAGGCUAAAGCUGCGACUGGAAGCUAAAGCUAACGCCGUUCUCGGAUCAUUUUUCACAACACACACAGAGGCAGAAACAUGUCAGACACGGAGACAAAACCAUCCAGCCAAGACGGCGGGGAUAAGAAGGACGGAGAGUACAUCAAAUUGAAAGUGAUCGGUCAGGACAGCAGUGAAAUCCACUUUAAGGUGAAAAUGACGACACAUCUAAAAAAGCUGAAGGAGUCUUACAGCCAGAGACAGGGCGUCCCAGCGAGCACGCUAAGGUUUCUGUUUGAAGGACAGAGAAUCGCAGAUAACCAAACUCCGAAAGAGCUGGGGAUGGAGGACGAGGACGUCAUCGAGGUUUAUCAAGAACAGACCGGCGGACUUCGGAACGAUUAAACCUCCUGCAUUUCUAAAUCUUUUUUUUCUCUUAUUUUGUAUUUUAUUUUGUAUGUAUGUACGUAUUUUUGUUCAGUUUCAAACCAUCUGGAUCAAAACCGACUCUAUCAGGGCUUCCAUGUGUGUGAGGGCGGGAAGGUGAACGGACUGAGGUAAGGACGAGGAAAAGGACAGUGGGUCUGCGGUACUCUGAAGUGCAGGGAUGUUCAUGUUGUUGACUCGAGCAAUAGCAUUCAAUCACAUAUUUUUGUUUUUUAUCCCAUUUUCUUUUCGGGAGUCAGCAGAAGCAAAUAACUCUGUCAAGGAACAAGCUGCAUUAAAGGAAUAGUUCACCCAACAGGAAAAUGUUGUCAUCAUCUUCACAUAUGUAUGAACAUUUCAAGACAAGAUCAGUUGUCAAUGGAGCUUUGCUUCACUUUCCUCUAAAGGAAACUAAUGUUUUCAUGAAACUCCUGAUAAUUUCAGUGUUUGGAAACCAAGCAGUUUCACUAAGGGUCCAAAAGGUUCAGUAUUUACUCGUUUAACAAAUAGACUUUUAGAAGUUGUUGUGCACUACAGCGGAAAGCAGACACUUGUGUUUUGAAAUAUAAUGUAAUUUAAGCAUCCAUUUUAAAGAGCAAAAUUUAGCAGUUACAUGAUGCUGAGGAAGUCGAGACGUGUUGAUAUCCACUUGUAUGAUUUUUAGGUCCCCGACAUUAAGCAUCUGUGUGCCACGUGGUUUUAAAGUGGAUGUCAGGAGAAAUUAGAUGUUGAUAAUGUUAUGUCUUGAUGCAAAUAUUUGACUAUUGAAGAAGCUGCCUGACAAUAAAACAAGUUUGAGGAAACUGAAACAAAGCUGCAUCAGCUGAGCAGACAGCGUCUCAAAUACAUUUUCUGGAUGCACUAUUCCUUUAAGUCUGUCUGAGGUGAGCAGCCAUUAAAACUGGCUUCAUCCUCCUUUUCAUUCGUACAAAAAUAAGUCGCUUGCACACCUGUUGUUUUUCCCGAGGAGAUGUGACGAGGAGUUUGACACCAAGUUAGACGCGAAAGAUGCAGUUGUUUGUACACGAGGCAGUUCACUCCAGAUGUUUUCUGUAAUUACAUUCAGGGCAUUGAGCAGACAGUGUGUGCUGAUAAACAGCUGGAUUACUGGACAGUCAGUCUCUCUGUAACUCAUCCUCAAAACCACUUGUUAUGAAAUUUAGUUCCUGUAGAUCUGAGUCAUUUUCAUUUACAGCCUGUGUUUGAAGGACUGCACCAUAAUCAAAUUGUAAAAUUCUGGUAAUAAUUGACCUGAUAUGAUAAUAUUUGAGAUUUGAAACAUUUUUCUAAAUGAUAAUUGUGCUUUACUUGUAUAUGUUGUAUUCAGUAUUAGAGUGUGUUUGAAUGAUCUACCAUAUGUAUCUCCAGUGUGGUUUUUAAUUUAUAUUGGAGGGUUUCAUUCUGUGAUUAUAUAUUGAAAUAUAUACCCGUUCUGGAAACAUUUUUCUGGCUGACAGUCACAGUGGUUUGACCUCAGAUGACUCUGUCCUCCAGCAGCUGGUGCAGACAGACAGUCCGACUGCUCGUCUGUGAACAGUGACAUGUUAAACUGUGCUGUCAGCGCUAGUUUUUAAAGCGUUCCUUUUUGUUUUUGGGAUGAAAUUCUUAAUCUGUGUUCUGUAUAAAGUUCCUCAAGAAGGUGAAGAUCACUCGCAGCCCCGAACUGUGUGUGGAUCCCAAAGACAGGUCAACUCCUGAGGGGUGAAAGAACCAGUAACACAGAAAAAACAUGUCGAUGUCUGUUGACACUCUGGUUGUUUCACUCUUCAGAGAUAGUCGAGAUGUCAGGUCAGAGCUGCAGUGGAUGAUGGGUAAACUGCACCUCUGGGACUCAUUUGCUUUCAGUGCAUACAGCAUGUAUCCAGAAGCUGUCUCCACUGCCAGACAUUACACUCCAAAAGCAAAUUAAAAGGAAAUAAUGAUCCUUUUCUAAACGAAGCGAAGCAGCGAUUACAGAUCAUCUAGAAAACGGCCGUCACUCCACAGAGGUGUGUGGAAUCAAAACAAACAGGAAAACUGUCACCUCAAUUGGAUUUUCCCAGCCUGAGCGCCUGUUAUCAUUUCUCCACCCAACCCCCCCAACCCCCCCUCCCCGGGCAGGAAGGGCUGUGAUUUGAGCCAUAACACUGAUCUCAGCGAGGUGAAGGGACUGUUCAUCAUUAGAGGAACAUUGAUACAGAUGGUUUGAAAUUCUGGAGAUGAGCUUUUUGCUUUUU